AACUGUUGGAAUAAUCAAAUUUACCGGAAUUUUAUCCGUAUAAAUUCUAUAUUCUACUCGACAAAUGUAAAACGAGGCUUGGCGGGGUUUUUGUGAAGAUUAGUUGUUUGGUUAAUUAUAAUAUCAUGAUUUCUAAACAGUUACAGAACCGUGCUUUGGGCUGUCCAGCAAGAUUGGAUUUGUCGAAUGUACUGGAAUCAUUUGAAUGUUUGAGUACAGAUGAAUACCUUGGAGAAGAUGAUGGGACUUUGGUUCCUCCUCUUGCAUGCGAGUUCUGUAAAGUGAAAUCCAGAGGACAUAUUCUGGCAGUUGUUGAUGAGAAUGGUUUUAUUGUUAUCUACAAUACAAAGAAAACAGGGCAGCUGGCGAUAAUGGACGAUUGGCAGGCUCACAACAAUGCUGUGUUUGACAUGACAUGGAUGGAAUAUGAAGAAAAAAUACUGACAGCGUCAGGUGACCAGACAGUGGUGUUGUGGGAUGCAGGAAAGCAAGAGAAGAUAGACGUGUUUCGGGGCCACACAAGCUCAGUACGAUCUGUCUGUACACAGCGUGGAGGAAGUGCUGUGUUUGCCACUGGAUCGAGAGAUGGUCAUAUUAUGAUAUGGGACACAAGAUGUAAUCCCAAAGAUGGACAUAUUUCCCCGGUAAACAUUAUUAGAAAUGCACAUUCCAUUUCCCAAGUUGCUGGGCACAAGAAUAAACAAAAAAGGCUCGGUCCAUCAAGGGAUAGUCAGAUGUCGGUGACUGCAGUAAUUUUUCAGACAGAUAUGAAUCUUUUUUCUGCGGGAACUGUAGAUGGCUGCAUUAAACAGUGGGACUUGAGGAAGAACUUUUCUAUUUCGACUUCUGAGGCUGUACCCAGGGGACUGCUAGCCUAUUCAGGUCUCUCCAAGAGAAGCCAUGGUUAUUCAAAUUUAGUGUUUGAUUCAACAUAUAGUCAGCUCUUUGUCAACUGCAGAGAUGAUGUGAUAUACCAGUAUGAUGUCAUCAACUUGAAUUCCAAACCAGUGCACUGUUACAGAGGACAUCAGAACGGUUCCUUCUUCAUCAAAGCUUGCCUCAGUCCAGAUGAUGAGUAUCUCCUGACUGGGUCUUCGGAUGAAAUGGCUUAUAUCUACAAGAUUGGCAGUCCGAAACAAAGUCCAGUCGUUCUGAAAGGCCACAAAUUGGAAGUGUCCGAUGUCAAAUGGUGCCCCACGGAAUUCUCUAAGAUAGCCACCCUGUCUGAUGAUAAUACAAUGAGGAUUUGGCGUCUUCACCGCAGACCCUGGCCUGCAGAUCCCGGGGAGGUGAUAGGGACCUCGGAACGGACCCACAGAGAGAUAGGCGUGUCAUCGGAUGACCUAGAACAAAGAAUUGCGGACCACAGCUUGUUCUGUAGGCUGAAAACAACAUCAGUGAGUGAAUAUCGCGUUACCCCCAAGGUGUCACCCUCUAUAAAAACUUGGCUUUCCGGCGGUUCUAAAGCCAAUAAACCCCAAGGACAGACAAUGGCCACUUCAAAGAAUUCUAAAAUAAAGAUGAAAAGGGAGGAUACAAAGACGGGUACACUGAGUAAGAAAUCAAUUUUUCAAGGAAACCGACUCCCGUGCAAGAGAAAAUUGAUUGAUAAUGAUGAAGAAAGUGGAUCAUUUGAGAGAUUCAACAAGAGACCGAAAAUUCAGGACAGCCCAGUCAAAGGGACUGAGUGGAAGAGUCCCAGAAAACUGGAAAUCAAGCAGAGUCCCAGAAAGUUUGAUUCUAAAAAGCAAUGUUUCAGUGAUUUUUCAGCCCAUAAUGGCAAGAACACUAAUUCUGUGAGUGACAGUUUGCAGCCACAGAGGUGUCCCUUGGCAGCAAGACUGGGCCCUUUAAAGACAAAUUCUGUUGUCAAGACUAAUGCUUUUGGUCAGAUCGAGUCAAUUUCAUCACCAACUGUCAAUUUACCAAACUUAGUGAGAGAAGGUAGUGUAAACAAAGUCAACAUGUUUUAUAAACAAUCUGACAAAGAAAACAGUCCCCAGAAACUGAACUGGUUAUCACAGAUUAGGCAGCAGAGGCUAGCCACUAUCGGUGAAACAGCAAAGGGGUCACCAAGGAGGGCAUUGUUCGAGAAAAUCUCAGUGUCACCGCGAUCCAAAAGUUCACAGUCUUCUUCAUCCUCUUCACAGAGUAGCAGUCAGGAGGAAGUACGCUCACCAAUCUCAAAGGUAAACGAGAUUCUCCAGUUCCUAUUUUUAUCUGCAAAUUGGUCCCAUGUUUAAUCAGCUCUUACCAGUCAUCAGGCCUAUCCCUUUUGAAAAUUUGAAUGAAAUUCCCAAGAGUGGUUCAUAGCUCUUGUUUGGUGGUCAGCUUUGAUGAUUUUUAGGUCGCCUGAGUAAGGCCAAGUAAAAUUAAUUAGUAGAUUAUCAUUCCCGCCCGCCCGCCCCUCGAAAAUCGCCCCGCCCUGAUUUUUUUUAUUUUUCAAAAUUACGAUUUCCGGAUAUUUUUAUGUCCGGUCCGGUAUUGUAAACAUACUUCGUUUCACUUUGCCUUUUAGAAACCCAAAUACACAUGUAAUUAUGAUUUAUAAAGCCUUUUCUCAAUGAGAGAAGGCAUUUUCGAGGUGAAGAAUACCAUGGCGAAAAAUAAAAAAUAAAAUCCUCCCACCCGCCCCAUUUUUUUGUGAAGUUUGAAUGAUAAUCUACUAAUUAAUUUUACUUGAUCUAAUCUCAGAUAACCUAUUGCAUAUGGUUGUCGUCCAUCAUCAUGUUUAACAAUAGAACAUUUUUAAUUUCUUCUUGAUAACUACCAUUCCAAUUCUUUUCAAAUUAUGAAGCAUCUUUGGGACAAGGAGGACUUAAAUUGUAAAUUUCAGGACUCCUGCACUCCUGGGGCCUUAGGGGCAGGGCAUAAACUGCCAAAAAUUUACCGAUCUUCAUAAAUUUUCUCCACAACCGAACAUGCGCAAGAAAAACUAAAUGCAUGGUGAUGUAGAGCAGGAAGGAAGGCCUUUACCAAAAUUGUAAAUUUCAUGAUCCCUGGGGUAGAGGUUUUGACUCAAGGGUGGAGUGAAACUUCAUAUAUAUAGAGUAUAUUGGCAAACAUUAUUGAUAUCUGCUUUAAUGUUAUUGAUACUAAAUUGAAACUUAAUGGAUAUUUAGAAGAAGUAGGUAGUCCUUUACCAAAAUUGUAAAUUUCCUGUACCUAGGGGGUAAGGUAAGGGUUUGGUUUUAGGAUGGUGCCAAAAUUAUUAUGAUUUGAAGGACUUCUUUAAGUUUGCCGAUACCAUAUAAAAUAUAAAUGAACAUAUUGGAAUAGCAGAAAAGGAUGUACCAAAAAAAAUAGUGAAUUUUGCAACCCCAGGGAUGGAUCCAAAUUAGUGAUAUUGUUUAAUGUUAAUGCAUAUAUUAUUGAGUCGGCUCGCGAUAGCGAGAAGACCCUUGUUAUCACCAACACUGCAAAAUUUAUAUGAUAUAGCAAUCCAUUAAAAUUGGCCUCCUAGAAUUUAUACAGAGGUAUAUCAUUAAUAAUGAAAUGUAAUGUUUGGAGGUAUGUUCAUGCUAUGACCUCCAUGUUCAGAUUAGGACAAUAAGAGAACUGUGUAAAGUUUUACAUGUACGGAGGAAUACAUUGUAUAAGGGAUUUCUUGAAAAUAUUUUUUCUCAAGAACCAAAUAAAUUGAAAACUGAUACAUAGUAUAGAUUGAAGGUUGUUCAGACCAUGGCCCUCAAGGUAAGACCAGGGUUAAACCAGGUAAGAAGAGAUUUAAUUUUCAUGUGAAUAGUUCAGCCUAUCGAUAUAGUGAGCAAUGUGAUGAAGAUCUCCUGACAAGCAGCUGGUAGCAUGACAAACAAUAUCAUUUUAUGUAAACUAUUUCCAUAUUUGUUGAUGUAAUAUACUUACUUCCUCACAAUUUAAACUUGUAUUUCGUUUGUUGAUGUUGAUAAUUACAUGGUCACUAUUGGGGUUUUUUUUUUUUCAGGGAAUGAAACCUCUGCAUGCUUACUUCCAGAGAAAGUGACACUGCCAUUUGUGAUAUGCAUAUUACUUUAAGAAUUAUGCAAUGAGAAUAUAUUGACAACCAUGUCAUACUAUCCACAUGAUCCAUGGAGAUGUGAAUAGUACACUGAUGACAUUCGGAAAAGAUUCACCAGAUAUCAUUUGCGUGAAGUUUUAGGUCUUUACCCAUUUCUGUGUUCCUAAAUUUUGAAACCUUAUCCAGGUUAAAUGCAGCACAAAUACCAAGUGUUGCAUCAAUAUAUUUGCUCUGUUAGGUGUUAUUUUGUUUUAUAACACAAUCUGCCAAUGUUAAAUUUCCAAUAAAUCUCUUGAUGUAAACUUGAA